AUGGUGACGCUUUCUCCGCCUGAGUUGUCGCUCUUCACUCGUGUGGUCAAUGCUCCUCGAAUACACAAUGUGCCUGUGUUGAACUUUGCGAUAAUCCUUGUUUUGGGCUCGUUUUUGCUUAAACUUACUACCAAGUAUAACGACUUAUACAUGAAGAGUUCCUUGGUGACGAUUAUAGUGACGAACUUGGUGCUUUAUGGAAUUUCAGAGACGUUGGCCCAGUCGCUUCUUAGUUAUAGUUCGCUGGCAAGACGGUUUGCAGUGGUGGUGAAUAACGAGGAGCCGUUGUCUUAUUCUGAUCUAGAGGCAAAUACUCGCCCGGAAGAGGAUGGCGAUGUUACCGAUACUGAGCUGAUGCACGAUGAACAUGUGAAUGAGUUUCUUCAGUACUUGGACUCUACGGAUGCUGACGUUUCUCAGACGGGAAUUACACCGGCGUUUUUGGCUCUGCCACAGCUUACAUUCUUCCAGUUCAGCAGGCUAGCUGGGUUCAUGUGCUGGGGCUUCAUUAUGGGCGUGUGCCAGUGCUUCUGGUAUAAGUUUUUGCAGAUUUAUUCUAAAGAUCCGAAGGUUGUGGAGGUGAUACGGAAGGUACUUAGUGACCAGUUUGUUUAUUCGCCCAUUUCGCUUUUCUGUUUCUUUGUUUACGGUACUAUGGUUCUUGAUAACGGCACCUGGGACGAUGCUACGGGAAAGCUACGUAAAGUGUACUUGAAAACACUCAUGAUCAACUACUCGGUGUGGUUUCCAGUGCAGUUCAUUAACUUUUUGAUGGUCCCUCGGCUGCUCCAGGUUCCGUUUUCGUCAUCCAUUUCAGUGCUCUGGAACUGUUUCUUGUCCAUGAGAAACUCCCAGUCGUAA